UUCCAUUUCUCUUUGUUGGGCUGCCUCUGGUAUUGUCUCUCCCUCUGUCCUGCUCUCUGAUGCUCCCACCAUAUAUUUCCAAAAAACCCACAAAACUUUAUUAAAGAUAAAGAUUAAAGAGAGAUCUCUCGAAAGAAAGAAAGAAAGAAAGAAAGAAAGAAAGCAAGCUAGAAAAGAAAAAAAACAACCAUGGUUUUCUCUUCUUUUCCUGCAGUAUAUUUAGAUCAUCCCAAUUUGCACCAGUUACAGCAAUCUGAGCAUCAUCAGCGAGGAGGUGGUGGGUUGGAGAAUCCGCCGCUUCAGGCGGCGGUGGGUGGCGGUGGCGGGUCAAUCCGGCCGGGUUCUAUGGUGGAUCGAGCUAGGCUAGCCAAGAUUCCGUUGCCGGAGGCGGGAUUAAAGUGUCCGAGGUGCGAUUCGACGAAUACUAAGUUUUGUUACUUUAAUAACUACAGCUUAACUCAGCCGCGCCACUUCUGCAAGACGUGCCGGCGGUACUGGACGAGAGGCGGCGCGUUGAGGAACGUCCCCGUCGGCGGCGGCUGCCGGAGGAACAAGAGGAGCAAGGGCGGAAGCCACGGCGCGAAAUCCGGGUCCUCCGGCGGCGCCGGCGCCGGCAGCUCGGAGAAACCUGCGGACGGAGGCGGAGGCGGCGGUGGCGGCUCUAACUCCACAUGCGCGAGCCCUACGGACAUCACCGGAAACUUCCCGCAGCUGCCGCCCUUCAUGGCCGCCGCGUUUCAAAACCUAAACCACUACGGCGGAAACGGCGGCGGCCUGGGCGGAUUCCCGCCGCCGCAGAUGGCGGCCACGAGCGGCGGCGGGAUUGGCGAAAUGGGUUUUCAUCUCCCAGCUGUUUUAAGCGGGUUCGAGCAGCCUCAUCCCCACACCAACGUAUACCCUUUUCAGAGCGAAGGACUCGAAGCUUCAUCGUCGGUAAAAAUGGAGGAAAACCGCCAAGGUUUAAACAAUUCAACCAAGCAAUUCUUAGGAACUCUGGAAAACAAUCAAUAUUGGGGAUGGACCGGGUUUUCGGGUCUUAACUCAUCUUCUUCCACCUCCCAUCUUCUAUGAUUUGCUUCAACUUCACAACCCUAAUAUAUAUAUACACUUAAAAGAAGGUGAAGUGUCACAAGACAGGGGGGUUUUCACUCUCAGGUGCCUGACUGCGGGUUUUCUUCGUCAUCCAGACACAAGAAGGUGAAGUGCCAGUUAUCAUAUAUCAGCAUGCAUGAGACCAGCUUUAUGUGUUUUAUCAUUAUAUUAACCAUGAAAUGUUAGUACUUCCUAUGUGGUAGCUAAGCUAGAGUUUGAUUGUAUCGUUCUAAACUCCAUCUAUCUUAAUCAGUUUGAUUUCUUUCUUGUAAUCUUGGUGUUCUUUCAUUUUGUGUCGUGCAUUGUGGCUUGCUUGUUUUCAUGGGACAAACCUAGUAUGUUAUUAUCAUGUAUAAAUAACUAAUUUCCCAUAUAUUAUCCUA